UUCUUAAAUGUGUCGGGAUUUUCUUUUUAGAAAGUUCGCAGUAAUUGGACAGUAGGUUAAAUUUGUUGUUGAGUUUUCAAAUGAAGGCCCGGAUGUCGUGGUAUUGAUGAAAUAGUGAAAAUACCGCCAACUGAGGGCAGACGACAGUUACAGAUUCAUGGGCAAAGAAUGAAAUCUUUAGUCAUUUAUACUGCCUUUUUAUACAAUGUUUUCUUCCUCGUUGAGUCGCAUAAAGUUCAAAGAUUUGAUGGAUGGUACAACAAUCUAGCCUAUCCAAAUUGGGGUAGUGCAGGAGAAUCUCUUAUUCAUAAUAUAACGUCUGCCUACAUCGACCUGACCUACAUACCACGCCUGGAUGAUUUGCCUAGCGCCAGAGACGUCAGCAACCUCCUCUUUAGGCAGGAUAUUGCCAAUACCUCAGGGCAUUCCAAAAGAAAUGCCCUUUUUGCCUACUUCGGCCAAGUUGUGACAUAUGAGAUCGUUGAUAGUGACCAGGUGUCAUGUCCAGCUGAACUUCUCACAAUCUCUGUUCCUAAAUGCGAUGAGGCUUUCGAUAGUGCAUGCAGAGGAAAUGGCGUCAUGCCAUAUGAAAGAAUAAAAUACAAUACGGAUACUGGUCAAUCUCCGAAUAACCCUCGAAGACAGAUUAACUCGGCCAGUAGUUACAUAGAUGCAAGUUUUGUGUACGGAACAAGUAGUGUGCGAGCUAGUUUCCUCAGGCAACCAGGAACUGGAAAACUAGCGUCCUUGGACUUAUGGGAGAAGUUUCCGGACCUAAAUACAGUCAGGCUUCCGUACCAUACAUUUCCGAACAAAGAUAACAAAAUCGCAAAUCCAGAGACAUUAUGGAGAUUCGGUGACGAACAUGUUUAUGAGAACCCUGCCCUGUUAUCGUUUGGAGUUCUCUUUUUCCGAUAUCACAACAGUCUUGUGCAGAAGAUAACGCGCCAAAACACCAAUAUCACGUCUGCUGUAGACGUUUUCUAUAAAGCCCGUCAAUGGCUGACUGCUUCAUUACAGAAUAUUAUAAUGUACGAGUGGUUACCUAAACUCCUUAAUACCGAAGUUCCUACCUACGAAGGCUACAAAGGCAACCUGGAGCCAGGAAUAACAGCAGUCUUUGAUGCAGCUGCAAUACGAUAUAUCCUUACUCUAAUACCUAUGGGCAUUCGGGUCUUAGAUGAUAAAUGUACCACGAAGAACAAAGUACGACUGUGUACCUCUUAUUUUGAUUCUCAGCGUGUAUUGACCAACCAUGAACAUGCUUUUGAAGAUGUCAUACGCGGAUUGCUUUUUCAAGAAGCUGAAAAAGAAGACAUGAAAGUAGUUCCUGAUAUACUUGAUAAGUUCUUCGGGCCUUUACACUACUCUCGCCACGAUCACGUCUCCUAUACUAUCAUGAAAGGAAGAGACUAUGGGCUUCCAGAUUACAACACUGUAAGACAAUGUAUAGGCCUUCGUCCAAUCAAAACCUUUGAGGACAUCAACCCAAAAUUAGCAAGGGAAAACCCAUUGCUGUUCAAUAAAACUCGUCAUCUCUAUGGUGAUAUAAGCAAACUCGAUUUGUUUGUUGGUGGGAUGUUGGAAACCAACGAUGGACCUGGUGAACUUUUUACAACCAUAAUACAGAACCAGUUCUAUAACAUUCGCCAUGGAGACUGGUUUUGGUUUGAGAACACCAAAUCAAAAAUAUUUACUGAUGAAGAGAUCGAAGAAAUUAAAAAUAUUAAAUUAUCUGAUAUCUUGCUUUCUACAAAUACCUUAGAGCAUGAACAUGUUCCAGAGGAUGCGUUUUCUGUCCAUAAUCUAUCAGGGUGCAAUUCAGAGUAUCUUAGUGCUGAACAGAUGUCUUCCUGUCCAGAUCACCAUGGAUACGACUACUUCAAGGGAAGUGAACUGUCUUUUAUCAUACUAUGGACAUGCUUUGGAAUAAUUCCAUUCGUUUGCAUUCUAUCAGCGUAUGCUGCAGCAAAGUGCAGGAAUUGGAAGCAUGCAAAUGUUGUACGAAAAAUGCAGACUAGGACCAUGAAAACAGGUGGCAGAAGUAGUUUUUCAGGAGGUGAAGGAAGUAAGCAUAUGGCAUACGAAUGGUUGGAUGAGAAGGAAGAUGAAAGAGCAGUUGUCCUAAAAGUCAAACCUCAGUGUGAAAUUGAGGUUGAUAGUUGCACCGGAAGGAGACUGCGCACAAUUAAGUUGUUCAACCAAGAGUCAGUUUAUAUGAUGACGUCAAGUAAUAAAGGAAGAACAUAUACAUCUAUUAAAGUCCCAAAAGAAUACGAUCUGGUACUGAGAUUUAACAACAGUGCUGAUCGACAGAUGUUUGAAAAUGAAGUGACUCGAGCACUUGAAGCCAAUCAAAUACAAUGUAACGUUGUUGAGGAAAGGGCGCAGUAUAUUCUGAAGAGCGCAUUUACUCAAAAGAAAAGAAAUCUAAGACUCGAAAAGUUUUUUAAAUCUGUGUUUUCAGAGGCAUUUCAAAUGGAUUAUGAUCCAAAUUUAGAAGAUGAUCAAUUAGAGAGACAACAAACAAACGAAAUAUUGGAGACCGAAUUAACUAAGGAAGAAUUUGCACAAGCGUUAGCCGUGAAACCUAAUUCAGAAUUUGUUGAAAAUAUGUUCACCAUGCUUGAUACAGACAGAAAUGGUUAUAUCUCUUUCAGAGACUUUUUACACAUGGUUGUUAUAUUUUCUAAAGGCUCAUGCCAGGAAAAAUUACAAACAAUAUUUGGUAUGUUUGAUGUAGAAGGCAGGGGUAUUCUACAAAAAGCAGAUCUAACAAGAAUGUUCAGCUCUUUACUAGACAUGGCAAAUAGUAACCUCAACAAAGCCGCUGUCAAUACGUUGAUAGAGUCUAUCUGCAAAGAACAUGGACUUGAAGAACACACUGAAAUCAAUUUUGAGAACUUUUGUCAGAUCCUUUCGCCGCAGAUGGACAAGCUCUGGAAUGCUGGGUUGGAUUGGAAAGGAAGACGAAAGUGCUUACCUAAUAACAACGAGAAGAAAAGAGGAUCAGAAAAUGGUCGCCGCCGUUCAUCUGCCUCGCAUGAAAUCAUUAAAAGAAAGGGUAGCGUGGCUUCGUUAUCCCAAGCAACAGAGGAAGAUGGAAAUCGCACACCCACCGACUCUCGCAGAAGUUCAGAUGUUCGUACCAGAUUUAUUGCUAUCAGAGAAGAAUAUCAUCCUGCCAAGGCAAAAUUAAAGACGUUCACUCACUUCAUAGAAAACAACAGACAACACAUCUUCUUUCUCGUCAUCUUUUUUGGGGCAACUUUUGCGCUUUUUGCAGAAAGAUUCUAUCACUAUACGGUAGAACGGGAGCAUAGUGGACUGCGCAUGAUUAUGAGCUACGGCAUUUCCGUUACACGUGGUGCAGCUGCAGCAAUGUCUUUCACGUUCUCUAUUCUCUUACUGACUAUGUGCCGCAACCUUAUCACGUGGCUUCGAGGGACGUUCCUCAAUCUGUAUGUCCCGUUUGAUUCACAUGUCGCAUUCCACAAGGUGGUUGCUUGGACUGCUUUAUUUUUUACAUGUCUACAUAUCAUCGGAUACGGCUUCAAUUUCUAUCAUCUGACAACUCAACCAACGUCACAUCUAUGCAUCUUUGAUUCAAUAGUACUUAGAUCUGAGUUUCAACCUACUUUUAACUUUUGGUUUUUCGGGAAUAUGACAGGUUUCACUGGCGUGCUCCUUGUUAUUUGCAUCUGUAUAAUCUACGUAUAUGCUACCCAAACGGCUAGACGUCUGAUUUUCAACGGCUUUUGGCUGACCCACAAGCUCAUUGUGGUUAUGUAUAUUUUGACCAUUCUACAUGGUGCUUCUACCAUUGUCCAAAAACCAAUGUUCUUUGCCUACUUCAUCGGACCAGCCAUUCUAUUUACGAUUGACAAAAUGAUAAGCAUGAGCCGAAAGAAAACAGAACUGGAUGUGAUCCGGGCAGAAAAACUACCUUCAGACAUAACUCACAUCGAGUUCAAGAGACCUGCCAAUUUUGACUAUCAAUCUGGACAAUGGGUUCGAAUCGCCUGCCUGACACACGGGGCGAAUGAAUACCAUCCUUUCACAUUGACGUCUGCUCCCCAUGAAGACACCUUGUCACUCCACAUCCGGGCUCUUGGACCGUGGACAUGGAACAUCCGUCAGGAGUUUGAUCCCGAGAAUCACAGGGACGGGUCAUAUCCUCAUAUAUACUUAGACGGACCAUACGGUGCAGGACAACAGGACUGGUACCAAUACGAAGUGUCGGUUCUGGUGGGUGCCGGAAUCGGGGUAACACCGUAUGCCUCCAUACUUAAAGACUUCGUUCACAUGGCUUCAAUCAAAAACAUGUUCAAAAUGAAAUGUCAGAAGCUGUACUUUAUUUGGGUGACUGGAAGUCAGCGUCACUUUGAAUGGUUAUUAGACAUCAUUAGGGAAGUGGAAGAUGUUGACGAGAAAGGUCUGGUGUCUGUGGACAUUUUCAUCACCCAAUUCUUCCAACAAUUCGACAUGAGAACAGCCAUGCUGUAUAUUUGUGAGGAGCAUUUUCAAAAGCUUUCUGGUGGACGCAGUGUUUUCACCGGACUUAAGGCUAGCACUCAUUUCGGAAGGCCUCAGCUAAAUAGCAUGUUUAAUGCUGUACACAGAGCUCACCCUAUGGUGAAAAAGAUUGGUGUUUUUAGCUGUGGACCACCGGGAAUUACAAAGAGCGUAGAGCGGGGUUGUAUUGAGGCCAGUAAUAAUACGAGAGCGUUGUUCGAACACCACUUUGAAAAUUUUUAAUCUCAAAAUGUUGCCAGUUUCUUUUAAACUUUCUUCCUAUAUGGAUACGAGAAUAUUUCUCUCCAUUUUUAGCGUAGUUUGAUGAUUUUUUUUUUCUAAUUACGUGUUCGUAUCUAGUCAUUAGUACUGUACACAGUUAAUUUUGUUUACCAAUUUAUUCAGUCAUACUUUAGUCAUAUUGUAUGAUUUUUUUCUUUUAAUUGGAAUAUCCAAAGGAUUUUCGUGGUAAGAAGGCGCACAUGUCAUGUAUAUUUGUAAGUUACGGAAGUGCCAUAUAUUUUUUUUCGAAGUGCCAAAUUUGGAAUCGUUAACUACAUCUGAAAGGGUUUUAAUUUGAACAUGUUUAACAUAAUUGAUCAGCAAUGAUACAUAGUUGUGUCUUUUUUUGUUUGUUUUGUUUUGUUUUGUUUUUUACCUUUGCCUCAUGCUAAAGAAGUUGUAGAAUGCUAUACUGUGCUUUGAAUUGAAUAUGUUUUUUUUUACUAAUUACAUCCAUCACUCUUUAAAAAUGCAACACAACUGAUUUAUUAUUAGAACAUAAACAGGUAUACAUGUAUGUGUAUGCGCGUUGCAUUGGGGCAUUCAUUUUGGACAAAUGCAUAAAAAUAUUUCUUUGAUUAUAGUUUUUUUUUCCAAGGCAUUAAAUGUUUGAUUUUGGCAUUUCUGUGUGAAACAUUUGCUUUAAUUUCUGAACGAUUAUAUAUUGACUGAAGAAAGAAUUCAUCUGGUACUGUAUCUGAAGUAUAAUAUUCUUACUAGUAUACUAGCUGUCUUUCAUUUUUUGUGCAUUUACUUUUUUAGUGUUUACAUUUCUCAACUUUUAAUCAUGUCAAACUAUAAUAAUGUUCAAAUAUUACAUCAAUUGCAAGUAUGUAUCAAUAAAUGGUUGUAUUAAAUGUGAUGGCAUUUUAUUUUUACACAAAGACCACCUUUUAUUAUAAACAAUGAUCUUGCAUAUGACGAAAACUAUGUAAUUACAACAACAUAAUUAAAGAACCAAUAAAUGUCUGUGUUA